AUGCCACCAGAAUUUAUUGUAUCUAAUGGUUUUAACUUCUUUCUUGUGAUGAAUGGUUUUAUAAAGUCAUUGAUUAUAAAUAAUAAUGGUGGUUUCUACAAUACUCCAAGGAUAGAUAUCUCUCAAUAUAAAGAAGAUUUUGUUCAUGAACAUGUCUAUGUAAAUGGAUUUCCAUUGUUAAUAGGUGGAUUCAAUCAAAAUCUAAAUGGUGUAGUUAUUAGUAAUAGUAACUCGAAUUAUAAUCAUAAUCUAUCUGCUCCACCUACUCCCAAUCAAACAAGUAGUAGUAGUAAUAAUAAUAACUAUGUUUCAUCUGAAUUCAUAUCAAUACAAGGAAAUAGUAGUUGUAACAAUAAUAACAUUAGUAUCAAUAACAAUAAUUAUUUAUUCAAUUUGAAAUGGUUGAAAGAUCAUUCCAAUAAAUUAAACGAAAUAAUCUAUCCUGAUAAUGGAUGGACAUUAGGAAGAUUUAUUGAUCAUCUUAUGGGUGAUCAACAACAACAACCAUCACCAUUAUCAUUGUCAAUGUCCAUGACAGACCAACUAAAUCAAUCGGGUGUAAAUACACCUAUAUCUUCACCACAUGUACCAUCAACACCAAACUGCUAUUCAUCUGGAUCAAACAGACAAAUCACCCCAACAACAACAGCAGCAACACCACCAUCUGUAAGAAGUAAGAAAUCAAUGGAAUGUCCAGAGGAGUGGUCACAGUACCUGAAAGAUCCUCUAGUUAGUAAGAUACCAUCGUCUCUAAUGGAACGGAAUGCAGUGUACGAUUUGGUAUCUUACCUGCCAUCAAACUAUAUGGUACCGUCAUCAAUGCGAUUCUCUAUCGAUGGCGAUGACUUUUGGUCACAUGGCCAAAGAGAUUGUUGUGCCAGUAUCAGUCAUAGUCUAAUGGUGAGCGGCAGUGCCAAUACCUCUACCUUUUGGUUCUGUACGGACAGCGAGAGUCAUAGCAAAGUAUCAGAAUUUUGGAAUUCAAAACUGAGCGGUGGUGUAUCACUGGAGAGCGAAGAGAAUGCAUUGAUUGUCCCUAUCAAUGAUCUGAUGCGAUCCGGUAUCAGAUUCUACGUUAUCGAGCAAAAGGUUGGAGAUCUAGUGAUCUUGCCAUCCUGUAGUGUCUAUCAGUGUUUGAAUAUCGGUGGUAACAGCAUCAAGGUAUCUUGGCAACGAGUUACACCGCAUUCACUCUAUCUUGCCUAUGAAUACAUCAUUCCAUUCUACCGUACGAUAAAGAAAACCGAAUACUAUCCAACUAAGCUGAUAGCUUAUCAUAGUUUGAAAGCUAGUAUUUCACGAGGAAAUGAAUGGUUGUAUCGUAGUGACAUCACGCAGGAACAGGUAGUUCGAUAUGUUCGUGAGACAUUGAUGAUCUACAAGUUGUUACUCGACCUAAACUGGAACGAAAAGAUCUUCCACGAGGAAACGAAACUCAGUAAACCAGUUGGUGUUCGUCAGCUACCUGAAAGCAGCACCGAUCCAAACUCUCCUAAUUUCCAAUCACCUCUACUUCACUGUGCAGAUUGUUCAACUGUCAUAUUCAACCGAUCCUAUCAACAUAAUAAUCAAGCAAAGAGUGGCGGUAGUGGUGGUACUGGCUGUGGUAGUGAUGAUUGCGUUGACUAUUGUAUCUAUUGUAUUGCCGAGGGUAAAGAACAACAACAUGCCAAUGAUAUCAAUCUAACACAGAUAUUCCCACCAAAUAGUAUUGACGACCUUUUGGAGCAAUCAAAGAAUACUCUCAAGGAAAUUCUCAUCAAAGUUAAACUCUUUGAAUCACAAGCAAUAUUUGACGAUUGUUUUACACCUAUGAUAUCGAAAAACAGUGUUUCCAUUGCAAGUAUAGCAUUCAACCAAGUUGUGCUUUCCAACAACGAUGUUAAAUCGACAUGUCACCAGUGUAAACUGAACAAACCGCUAUCAAAAAUGGCAUUCUGUUCUGGAGUAUCAUCCGAGAACCGGGCACUAACACCAGCCAAUUGUAACAAGAAAUUUUGUUUUCAUUGUUUAAGAAAUAGAUAUAAUCUAUCAUUGGUUGAUUGUCAGAAAUCAUUGAAUUGGUUAUGUUUAGUUUGUCAAGGAAUAUGUAAUUGUGGUGCAUGUGUUAAAAAGAGGAAUAUGGCAGUUUCCAUUCCAAACAGUCCGAGAAAACGAGAUAAUAUCUCAUUAUAUCAAACACAUUAUUGCGCAUCACCAAUGGUGUCGUCACCAUCUCCAUUAACACCAACAGUCUACGAUUGUUAUGUUAACAACAAUCCAUUUAUUUUCAAUUCGAAAUCAUCUACACAACUCUGGGCACAAUAUCCUAGAUCCUCUAAUUCCUCUCCUUCUUCCAACCAUAAUAAUAAUACUAUCAGUAUCAAUAAUAAUAAUAUUGUAUCUAAUCCAAAUGUUAUACUUCAUAAAAAUAAUAAUACUCUAAUUAACAUUAAUGGAAACACCAGUGGUAUACAAACAUUCAAUACGAAUACAGGUCUACCAUUGCAACAGUCGUUAUCGUAUAUUCCUGUGGUACACCACCAAACACCACCAUCUACACCGUCAUACUCACCCUAUCAUACUCCAAGGGCAAAUAACAAUUGUACAUACUAUUCUACGAGUUCAAACUCCACUCCCAAUAUGAACUCACCAUACAUCUCACAAACAUCACCCAUUUAUUCACCAUUUAUAACAUCACCUUUCAAAUAUACUAAUAUUAAUCCCACAUUUGUAAAUCAAUCUAUUUCUUCACCCGAUAGAACAUCAUCCUAUCAAAAUUAUCAAAAUCAUUAUAUUAAUAUUAAUAAUUUUAGAACAUCUACAUCAUCAUAUCCACUCUUUUCAUCACUAACAAGUACUGAUUAUUCAUUUGAAAACAGCGAAUUUACAACGAUGGCAAAUAAAUCAACAACAUCUACAACUACAGGUGAUGAAUCCACAAUUACCAAAGCAACGGCAGAAGUACCAGUUGCAAAUGAACCAUCAAAAAAAGGAAAGAAAGGAUCAAAGAAAAGAAGAACCGAUGACUCCAUACCACCCAUCAAGAAAGAAGGUUCAGGUAAAUCCAGAUCCUCCAAGAAACAAUCGCCACCAACCAUCACUGCUUCAGCAUCGAGCACCGAUCAAAAGGUUUUGAGUUCAAGUGGUAGCAAUUGGUUCGAUCAAAAGGUGCCUUCUGAACAACAAACACCAUUCACCACACCCAACAGUGUUGUAACUCUUACUAAUACAACUGCAACUCCUAAUGUAUUAGCUAUUAAACAACCACAACAACAACAACAAGCAACAACAACUACAACCAUCAAUAACAACACCACAAUAACAUUUACCUCGCAUAUACCACAACCACCUGUGUCAAAAGAUAUCUAUUUAUCAGGAUCAAUGGUUUGGGCGAGACUGGGUGGACUUUCACACUUUUUCCCUGCGAGAAUCAGUUUCCCUGAGGAAAUACCGGUUGGUAUGAGACAUCCAGAUAAUGCCGUCUAUCUCUACUUCUUUGGUGAUAACUUUUUCGAUUGGGUUCAAAAUAAGAACAUAUUCCAGUUUAUAACCGGUGCUGAAUUUGAGUAUCUGCAGACACCUGCUUUUGGUUUGGCUAUCAAGGAAGCCUACGAGUACAAAAGAACAUUUAUUAAUGGUGCAAGCACUCCACUUCAAACACCACUUCAUCAUCCAAUGUUUAACUAUCAAGAUUCUAUGCAACAGAAUUGCUAUCAAACAAACAAUGAUCAUUUUACAUCCCAACAACAACAACAACAGCAACAACAACAACAGCAACAACAUACUCAUUUUGUUAAUGUUACGAUGAAUGAUCCACAACUUUCAUCUAAUUCUGUAUACUUGAAUUCAAAUAUUGAUUUAACACAAAUCCAAACUACUACUUAUCAAUUGGACUCUUCUCAAUCAAUUCAUCAAUCAAAUGAGAAUGUUCCAAUCUCUGGUGAUUCAUCUCAACAACAAACGAUUACAGGUUCACAGCACAAUAUGUUAGCAGAGAGUUCCUCUGGAAUUACAAACGCAUCACAUUUUCUAUCAAACAUGUCAUUACAAAGCACUGGUAGCUUAGAGCAUUUCUUUGUUCCAAACAAUAGUAAUAAUCAAAACAACAACAAUGCUAACAAUCAACAAUCUAUUGUUCAACAAACAGCAACAUCGUUUUCCAACAACAAUAACAACACUCCAAUCGUAAAAACAGAGAAUCAAAUGGAAGAUCAAUUCGACACUUUGUAUCAAACAGUUCAAUAUCCACAAUCAAAUGAAAGCAAUGAUAGUCCAAAUAAUUCAUUUAAUCAAGCUAUCCAAAAUCCAAUCAUUGACGAUUUAAAAUCUGGUAAUAGUGGACUAACUGAUUCUCCCAAAUCACAAUUUAUAAGCGAGCCAAAUACAGAUGUUUUCUUUGAAAAUACUUGGUGGAACAAUCUUCAACUAUAA